CGACACGACACGACACGACACAACACACCAUGCUGCUCGUCGAGUGCGCCAGGGCCCGGGCGAUACGGAACCUGCCGGCCGUUGGCACGACGGAGGCCCUGAAGGAGUACCUGGCCAACAUCAAGGCCGUAGAGGCCGCCGAGCGGCAAAAGACCGUCGAGAGGACCCUCGGCAUCCUGGUUUGUGCCCCCCACCUCGACCUCCCACAGGCGAUGCACUGCGCGGGAUUCCGCGAAAAGGAAUGCAGCGACCCCGGGCUCCUGGAAAAGGUCCGGUCGGCCCGGGAGGAAUCCGGGCCGGAGCCCCUCUCGCCGAGAAAGCGGCGCCGGGUCGAGAUCUACCGGCAGCGGGUGGCCGCCCUGGAAGCCCUGGCCGAGAAACCGGACCCGUGGAAACUCACCUACGGCGACCAGCUCACCAAGAAAAAGGUCGUGGCCCACAUCAAGGCAACCCUCCUGUACGAGGCGGGGGGCCUGGGCGCCCCUUCCGUCUGCCACCUGGUCUACCGGGAGCACGGCGCCCUACCGAGCGAGGAUUCGAUCCGCAAGAGCUGCCGGGAGGGCCGCGCCGGACAGGUUCCCAGGCUGUGGGCGAGAAAGUGGUCCCACCUGGCACCGCCAGAGAUCGAGGACGGGGACGCCCCCUGCCCCAAGAAGGCGCGCAUCGAGGCGGACGAGCGGGAGACCCGGCACGCCGCGGCCCACAUCGAGGCGACCCUCCUCCUGGAAUCCGAGAAGAAACGCCCCAACGGCAUGGGCGCCAAAAAAGUCGUGGCGCAGAUCAACGAGGAGUACGGAACCAGCCUCAACGCCGGGACCAUUGCGAGCUACGUCCAGCAGGGCCUCGCGGGACACCCCCCCAAGAACACCAAAGCAAAGGGGUUUCCCAUCCCCCCGCCGAGGCCCCUUGUGCGGCCCGAGGAACAGGCGGCGGAGGAACGGGCCCGGAAGGACCUCGAGGAGACGAGGAUCGCAGCGCACAUCAAGGCCACCCUUCUCUUCGAGGCGGAGAAGAAGCUCCCUUGCGGCAUGAGCUCGAAACAGGUCGUGGACCAGGUGAACCGGGAGUUCGGGACCAAGCUGAACGCGCGCACGAUUGCGCGGUACGUCCGGGAGGGCCUCGCCGGGAAGCCCCCCAAGAAGAACGGCCGGCCCUCCACCAUAUUUUUGCCCGGAGAUUGCGCAACACGUGUUGUUGAGGCGCCUGAACGAGCUUUCGGAGCAGGCCUCCCAAGGUGGUGGUAGCACGCACCUAGUGAGGUCGGCGGAGACGCAGUUGGCUGUAGGUUUCAUUCCUCAAUGUCACCAUUUUUAUGUUAU